AGAAUUUGACAUUUUCAUUGUACAUUAAUCUAACACGUCAGCUACGAUAGGAGUAAAAUUUUGUAAAAAUUUUGGGAAAUAUCGUGUGCAAUUUAAUUUAAUAUCUGUAAAAUUGUCUUUAAAGCUUGAAAUAAAUAUUUAACAAAAUGGUUUUGAUAGCUGCGGCGGUGUGUACAAAGAAUGGCAAAGUGAUUAUAUCACGACAGUUUGUAGAGAUGACUAAAGCACGUAUUGAGGGACUUCUUGCCGCCUUUCCCAAGUUGAUGACCACCGGAAAGCAGCACACAUAUGUAGAGACCGAAUCAGUGAGAUAUGUAUAUCAACCAAUGGAACGAUUAUAUAUGUUAUUAAUUACCACAAAGGCUAGUAACAUUUUAGAAGAUUUGGAAACACUUCGCUUAUUCUCUAAAGUGAUACCCGAAUACUGUCAUACUUUAGAUGAAAAAGAAAUUCUUGAAAAUGCAUUCAACUUAAUUUUUGCUUUCGAUGAAAUCGUCGCACUUGGAUAUCGCGAGAGUGUUAAUUUAAAACAAAUCAAAACAUUUACUGAAAUGGAUUCACACGAAGAAAAAGUUUAUCAAGCUGUACGUCAAACUCAAGAACGUGAGGCACAUCAAAAAAUGCGUGAAAAGGCUAAGGAGCUGCAACGUCAGCGUUUGGAAGCCGCAAAAAGGGGUGGCAGUUCUUCUUUGGGUGGAAGGACUACUCAUGGCAGCGGCAUUUCUGGCUUAGACGCUUUUGGUAUUAGCUCAAGUUCAGUGAGCAGUACACCAUCAAUUGAAUCUGACUUGAAACCAACAGUUCAAAAAACUCAAAAACCAGCAGCACGAAAUGCUUUGAAAUUAGGUGGAAAAACCAAAGAUGUUGAUAGUUUUGUUGAUCAAUUAAAGAGCGAAGGUGAGAAGAUUUCUAGUUUGACACCGGCAAGUGCCCAAAGCAGCGCAGCUGUAGCAAAAACUAAAAUUGCUUCUGAUGUGCAUACAGAAAGCGUGCAUCUCAAAAUGGAAGAUAAACUCACGGUCCGCCUUGGUCGUGAUGGUGGUUUGCAACAAUUUGAGCUCUCCGGUUUAUUGACGUUGCGUAUUUCCGAUGAGAACUUCGGGCGCAUCAAAGUUCACUUGCGCAACAAUGACAGCCAUGGUAUACAAUUGCAAACACAUCCUAAUGUUGAUAAAGAACUAUUUAAGACGCGCUCAGUAAUUGGACUCAAAAAUCCAGCUAAACCAUUCCCGUUGAACACCGAUGUUGGUGUAUUAAAAUGGCGUUUUAUAACCCAAGAUGAAUCUGCCAUACCGUUGACAAUUAAUUGCUGGCCAUCUGAAAACGGCGAAGGUGGCUGUGAUGUAAAUAUCGAAUACGAAUUGGAAGCACAACAUUUAGAAUUGCAGGAUGUGUCUAUAGCUAUACCACUGCCUAUGAAUAUACAACCAUCUGUGGCUGAAUAUGAUGGCACUUAUAAUUAUGAUGCACGUAAGCAUAUAUUACAAUGGAAUAUACCCAUUAUUGACGGAAACAAUAAAUCUGGUUCAAUGGAGUUUAGCUGCAAUUCAUCAAUUCCAGGCGAUUUCUUUCCAUUACAGGUUUCCUUCGUAUCGAAAACACCUUACGCUGCUUUAAGUGCCACUGAUGUUGUUCUUGUUGACGAUGACAGUGCCGUUAAAUAUUCUAGCGAAACUAUGCUGUUUGUUGAAAAAUACGAAAUUGUAUAAAGUUUUAACAUUGCUAGAAGUAAUAUUAAUAGGAGUAAACAUAUACACUCUUCACAUAAAUAAUGUAAAUUGCGUUUAACGACUACUUUAAAAAUUAUUAUACAACAUGAAAAAAAUUCAUUAAUUACUUCUGUCUGCUGUUUGCGUUUCCGGUUCAUACACAACUUCAGUGUUCCGCUGAAAAUAAACAUCGAUAGUUAGGCGAAAGAAAAAGUUCUAAACUGUACAUUGGAAAGAGCUUGGUAUUUUAUUUUGUUAUUCAUUAAACUAGCAGUAUACUGUAAUUCCAAACAUAUGAUUUAAUUUUAUAUAUAUUUGAUUUUUCAUAAUAAAUAAGAAAUGUUUGUUGCCCAAACACUAUGUAUACAUAUAAUAAUCGCAUUGAUUGCAAUGAUUUAUAAUGCGGUAAUAUUCAUAAAUAAAUAUCUAGACUAUGUAA